GUGGAGGGUGGAAGGUGCUUGGAUUGGUAUCCCGAGAUGGCGAAUCCACCGAUCAUGCAUCAUAGACGGACAGCAUCAAGUCAGAUAAAGACGCAACCGCUCGUCCAAAACGUGCGGAAGAGAUGAACGAUCCCUCUGGUCCCCCGCAAUCGCAUGAUCCUCUUGAAGAGAGCUCAUCAAUAUUGCUAGAUUCGCCAAGAACACGAUUGCAGCUGGUAGCGUUUCAGAUACAAGAUCUCAAUGUGCAGUGCCGAUCCCAAUCACUAGGUCAAUAUUAAUGCCCAAGAAUUCUGUAUCGUUCAAGAAAAUCAGACGCCGAACACACAGAGCAAGCCACCAUCCAGUCGAGAGAGAUCGAGUAUCCCCA